AUGUGUCGACUGUGGCGAGCUUAUUGGCUCAGCUCGCUGAUGGUCCUUUUUGAGUUUCCUUUUACAACUCAAAAGCUUCGACACAUUUCACCAUUUGAAUUAACCAUCAAUUCUGGCUCAAUACGAGGAGAACGAUUGAUCAUCAAGGGAGAAGACUAUACUGUAUUCAAAGGAAUUCCCUAUGCUAUGCCACCUGUGGGUUAUUUGCGAUUUCAGUUACCCAAAGAACCUGCUAAAUGGAGAGGUGUUAUGAAUGCAACGCAAUACUCGGCAAUGUGUGUCCAACGAGUAAAUGAUCAAAUCACUGAACCUGAACGUCAUUCAGCUCACUUCUCAGAAGAUUGCCUUUAUCUAAAUGUCUUCUCACCCACUCCUUAUCAAUAUACGAAUGAUACUUAUCCUGUCAUUGUCCUCAUUCAUGGAGGAAACUUUCAAUCCGGUGGAGGAUCUGAUUUUCCUCAACAAGCAAUUCUGGAUAACUUCGUAUCACGAAAAGUCGUCUUCGUUACCUUUAAUUAUCGAUUAGGACCUCUGGGAUUCUUAUCAACGGGUGAUAAAAUACUCCCUGGUAACAUUGGUCUUUGGGACCAAAUAUGGGCAUUGAAAUGGGUUAAAGCAAAUGUCGAAGUGUUUGGUGGUGAUUCGCGAAAUAUUCUAUUGAUGGGAACAGGUAGUGGAGCAUCAUGUGCAUCCAUAUUAGCUUUAUCUCCGCGUGCUGAAGGUUUAUUUCAUAAAGUUUUGUUGAUGUCAGGAUCAGCAUUACAGCCAGGCAUUGUAAGAGAGACAGCCGUGAAUGCGACCUGGGCUUUAAAUGAAAAAAUGCAAUGCAGGUCGUUCAAUUCAUCGGAAUUAUUGGAUUGCUUCCGUAAACGAAUGAGAGAAGAAAUAUUAGAUUAUAAGAGGUUGCAUUGGGAUGAUUAUGAAGAGUUUGUGCCUGUUGUUGAUGGUCCAGGAGGUAUCAUACCUGAUAUUCCCGAAGAUUUAGCUCGACAUCGCAAAAAGAUUCCAUUAAUGAUUGGAACAACUAAGGAUGAAAGCUCUCUUCGAAUAUUAAUUCUGAAUGAGAAGAAUGUGAACUUCAGUGCGUUGACUCCGAGUGUAGCUGAGAAGUUAGCAGAAAAUCUGACUUUAGGCUACAAACAAUUUCAGAAUCACAGGUUAAUAGCUCAAGGUUGUAAGCAUGAAUAUGUUUGGACGAAAACAGAUCCUUCCAUGUCAGAAUCGAUUCUAUUCAAUUCAAUAUUAAAUAUGUAUUCUCAUUUCUGGUUCGACGCUCCCGCUUCAAGAUUGGCUACUUACUAUGCGAAACAGAAAGCUCCUGUCUUUCUUUAUUCCUUUGAUCAUAUCAGCGAAAAUUUCUAUGAUUAUGACCGAGCAUUUCAUGGUGUUGACCGAUUACAUUUGUUUAAUAUAACUCCGAGAUUCCUAAAUCGGCGAAAGGAUAUGAAUUGGCAACUGGAUCAACGAGUCGUCGAAAUAUUUGCCGAUCUCAUUGUUAAUUUCGCUCGUUACGGAAAUCCAACACCUGAAAAUUCAGGAUUCAAUUUCAAUUGGACUUCAGCAGAUUCGAAUGAGUUGAACUACUUGAGUAUAACAGACAGUCCAACAAUGGAAGUUGGUUAUCGAUGGGAAGGCCAUGUAUUCUGGAAUUGGUAUGCACGAUCCUUAGAUGCUGUUGAUGUAGGAAAUCUUCAAAGAAUAUCUCAGUUAGAUAAAGAUAUUGGCAAUUGGCAGUUUGCCGCAGCUUUGUUAGGAUUCUGUUCGUUAUUCUUCUUCGCAAUAUUAGUUGGACUGGCAUGUUAUUGUACACGUAAAGAUUCAGAUGAUGACGAAUUAUAA